UCUCUUUUGACAGGUGAUGAGUGGGAUUAUAUCAUGUCUGAAGUACAGGGAACACUGGAGUUUUCUGUAGAGUUGCACAAGUUUCACAAUGUGGAUCUCUUUCAGAGAGGUUUCUACCAGGUACGUGCAGGGCUGAAGGUCUCACCUCGAGUGCCCCACAGGUUGAUAGCGACAACACAAGACAAUGCAGGCGAAUGCAGCUUCAGCUCCGCGGGGAUCUACGACGGCACCGUGUUCAGCCGGAUAUUUCAGAUCCUUUACAGAAAUGAGGAGAUUGUGGUGAACGACUGUAUGAUCUUCAAAGUCCACCUGCUAUUGGACGGAGAAAGGGUGGAGGAAGCCUUGAGUGAGGUGGACUUUCAGUUGAAGCUGGAUCUUCAUUUCACUGACAAUGAGCAACAGCUGGCAGAGAUCAUGACUGUCCCGCUGAUCAGCAGUCGUACCCUCAGCCUCCACUUCAACCCGCGGAGAGGCCUCCACCACCACGUCCCUGUCAUGUUCGACUACUUCCACCUGUCCGUCAUUUCCGUCUCCAUACAUGCCUCACUGGUUGCCUUACAUCAGCCGCUAAUCAGCUUUGCACGUACAGGGAAGGGCUCCUGGCUGGGUAAGGGCUCGCCAGAGAGCGCGAGCGACCCAUCUGCCAUGUCUGUAGAGAACCUCGUGUUCGGAGCUGGCUACUGCAAGCCUGUCAUCUCUGAGGGGAGCUUUUAUGUGCCCAGUGAAAACUGCCUGCAGAGAGCUCACACGUGGCACCGAAGGCUCUGUCGCCUCCUCUUGGUGGCACACCGAGGCCUGCACACCUACUACACCGCACUGAUGAAGGAAAUCCCACAGCUGCAGCAGACGCCACUAGACUCGGAGGUGCUGCCUGUAGAAGAGACUCUAAAUCAGCUCACAAUAGAGUUACAGCUGCAGGAGGGCCAUGAGAAGGUAGCAGAGCAGAUCAGCAGGGACGUGAGCCAGCUCUGCUCCCAGCUGGCUGCUCUGUGGAGCCGCUUCCUGGAGGCCGCUGUGCUCAACCCCCACAUCCUCUCCUAUCUGGCCCAGGAGCACCACACGCUCAGGGUCAGGAGGUUCUCUGAGGCGUACUUCUUCACCGAACACCCCAAAGAGAUAUCUCUGACUUUUCAAGAGGAGCUAAUCAACAGACACGGCCAGAUAGCUGCAGAAGUGCGGAGCUCAGACUACCUGACCAAGAUGCCUCCUUUACCGGUUGAGUGCCUGGACAUCGAUGGAGACUGGAACAGCCUGCCCAUCAUCUUCGAGGACAGAUACGUCGAGUCUCCUCAAACAGAGUGGGUAUCACAUGUGCCAAUGCCUGCAACGUCUGAAGAACGGACCAACUCAGAUCCCACCAUCACUCCUUCAAAUAGGAUUCUUGAAAGCAGCCAAGGAGCCAGUUCACCAGCAAUACCCAUGGAUCCCUUGGACAGUGAUGACUGCAUGGACAUGCCCACAUAUGUCUCCAUUAUAGCAGAGCAGAGAAAGACCCGCAUCAGAAGUAUCCAGAGCCCCGUUCCUCCUGAGGACGGAGCUGAACUCUCUCAAGCAGAGGCGGAAAACUUGAAGGAACCAGCGGAAAAACAAGACCCAGUUGCGGAGGACUGUAGCUCAGAGUUGAGGUAUAUCACAGAUAAGCCUUGUGACCCCAAUCCCCUCAUUGACUCUGCUAACAGCAGUGAAGAGUCCCCUGCUCACCAUGUAACCGAGAACACCAUCCGACCUUGUGAUGCCACAAACGAGAGAGAGAACGCGAGAGAGGUUGAAAACAACGAGGAAGAGUCUGACGUUGCGAUGCCAUUAAAUCACUCCAUGGAUGAUGAGAGUGAGGAUAUUCCUCUCAUCAGCCUACCCACGGCCCAUGCUCAUCCAGUUAUAUCUCCCAUUCCUGGUGACCUCAGGAAAGAGAUGACUCACCGUGGAGGCCUGAUUGGCUCCAAAAUCAUGAAGCGCUCGUCCUCUGUUAUUUCCGACUCGGGUAUCGAGAGUGAGCCCAGCUCGGUAGCGUGGCCCGUGGAGGCGGCACUGCGUGGUCGACCUCUUCUGGAGUUCCCACAACAAACGGUGUGUCGCCACCCGGUCCACCGCAGCUCUCUGGAAGGCCUGCAGAUGGAGAGUAACGGCAGCCUUCCAAGUGGAGGCAUACAGGCCUCACUUACCUCUAUCAGCUCCCUGCCCUACGAGGAGGACCAGCACCAGAGGCAGCUCAGCAAACUGACCAAGUCGGUCUCAGCGCCACAGAUAAGUAGCCCAGAAGACACCGAGGAGGACCAUGUGCUGCUCAACCAGGAAGCAGAUACUAAGAGCCUAGUGCGGCACCAGGAUUCAUGUAAGAUCAACUGCUCUUCUUUGAUCAGCAACGUGGAUUCAGAGCAAUCUGAGUCGUCUCUACUAGACACAAGUUCUAUUACAAAUCUUGGCCAUAAUCUCAAGGAGAGUGUUAGCUCUGAAAAGUCAAAUCCUUCACAGUACCUGUCGGAGACAUACAGACCCAAGACAGUGUUUUGUGGUGUGUCUGAAGUGUUACUUCUACAAGAGUCUGUAGAAAGCCCUCAUGUGGAGGAAAGCACUGUUAUUGGCAGCUGUGGGGAGAAUAUUAACCAUCAAGCACACAUCAGUGAAGUGAGCGCCUCAGUGGAGGAUGUGCAUCUCAUUGAAUCGGAAGCAGCGCCCUGCAGCUGUGGAAAUAAACCUUGUGCGCAUGAAAGUGCAGCAGAUGAGGAGAGAAUUAACACUGGAGAUGAGUGCCACCAUUUCCAUCAGACUGAACUGCAUGGUGUGAAGGAGCAGGAGGGUCUGGAUCCCUCCCAAACACCACUAGAGCCUUCAGGGCUUCAAUACUCCAAUGACCUUCCCAACAGUACAACCAGCACCACCAGCACCACACAGAGGCCAAAUGACCUUACAGGGCUUACAGCCAGUGAUAUAUCAUCCUUUGAUCUCAAUGGGAUAUCAUCCGGUGAGAAAGAGCCGUUAGACUGCCAGACUAAGUCCUCUAAGAUCCCCAACUCGGGGCUGGCCUUUGUGAAUAAGAAGAUGGUGGAGGUGGUGAACAUGUCGGUGUCCUGUGCCCCAACCUGUCUGCCGUUUUCUUCUGUUCUGAGAGACUCUCCGUCCAUCAGUGGCAUGUCCACGCGCCAGGCAGCCUCACCUAUCACGCAUCAGCCCCUGGGCUCCUUUGGUAUCAUCUCCUCAUCUUCACUAAACCCCCUUAACAUGGAUGACGAGACCAAUGAACGAAUGCUAAAUUUCUAUAAAGCCAAAGAGGAGCUGUUCAAAGAGUUGAGCUUUCAGGCCAGCUUGUACAGCGACCUUCCUCUCCUGGCAUCAGAUCUGCCCUACUUCCCCCCCGAGGAGGACGAUGAGGAGUUUGACGACGGCAUACACCUUGUGGUGUGUGUCCACGGGCUUGACGGAAACAGCGCAGACCUUCGGCUGGUGAAGACUUUUAUUGAGUUAGGCCUGCCAGGAUCCAGGCUUGACUUCCUCAUGUCUGAGAGGAACCAGACUGACACAUUUGCAGAUUUCGACACCAUGACAGACAGGUUGCUGGAUGAGAUCAUUCAGCAUAUCCAGCUGUACAAUCUCACCAUAGGCAGGAUAAGCUUCAUCGGCCACUCUCUGGGGAACAUCAUCAUCCGCUCGGUGCUGACGAGGCCUCGCUUCCGCUGCUAUUUGCCCAAACUUCACACUUUCCUCUCGCUGUCAGGCCCACACUUGGGAACGCUCUAUAACAACAGCACAUUGGUCAGCACAGGUCUGUGGUUGAUGCAGAAGCUGAAGAAGUCAGGAUCCUUGCUGCAGCUCACCUUCAGAGAUCACGUUGAUCCGCGGAAAACAUUCCUCUAUCUCCUGAGUCAGAAACCAGGGCUCCAGUUCUUCAAGAACGUGGUGCUGGUGGCGUCUCCCCAGGACCGUUAUGUUCCUUUCCACUCUGCUAGAAUAGAGAUGUGCAAAACCGCCCUCAAAGACAGAACCACAGGGCCCGUGUACACGGAGAUGAUCAACAACCUCCUGCAGCCACUUGUGGAGGCUAAAGAGUGCCGGCUGAUCCGCCAGAAUGUUUUCCAUGCUCUGCCCAACACCGCCAACACCCUGAUUGGCCGCGCCGCCCACAUCGCCGUCUUGGACUCUGAGCUUUUCCUGGAGAAGUUCUUCUUAGUGGCAGGGCUCAACUACUUCAAAUGAAGGUGCUAGCACUGCGGACUCACAGGACAGAACCUUUUGGCGGCUGACAGAGCUGAUUUUGGAGGAAAAGGUCCUUACUUUCACCUUGUACAGUAUAAUGUAUAUAAUCCCUGGUAUCCGAGAGGCGAGACCUGUAUAUCUCAUUGGUUAGGAUUGUUAGAAGAUGUUAAAAAAAAAAAAAA